GGGCACGGGAGUGGGAGCGGACUGCAGCUGGACCCUUAAGGACUGUGAGGAUCUUGGGGAGGCGACAGGACACAGGCGCUGGAGGAACUUGAAUGCCCGGCCACGAGAUCGGAGUUCCUGUUGUUGGCCAAAGAAACCUGGAGGAGCUUGUGCCAAGGAAUGAGGCCUCGGUCCACCCAAGUCACCUUGCAGGAGGGUCACAACACAAAAGCAGAAGGAGGACCCCAAAUUCGGGCGAACUGGAAAAUACACGGCCGUUGCGGGCGGAAGUAAUCGCAAACCUGUGACCGAAUCGCGGAGUAACUCCCAGGGUUCUCAACGGCUGGAGGAGCCGGAAACUACCCGCGCGAGGUGGGCGGGCCCGGCGGCGGCCAAGGGGGCGUGGCCGGCUCUCUCACGGCAGCUGAUUGGUCGGCCCGGCGGUGGUGGAGGCUGCGCGUGAAAUCGUCACCUCGGCCUGGGAAGAUGGAAGAGCUGAGUCAAGCCCUGGCUGGUAGCUUUUCUGUGUCUCAAGAUCUGAACAGCACAGCCGCCCCACACCCCCGCCUGUCCCAGUACAAGUCCAAGUACAGUUCCUUGGAGCAGAGUGAGCGGCGGCGCCAGUUACUGGAACUGCAAAAAUUAAAGCGGCUGGAUUAUGUGAACCAUGCCAGAAGACUGGCUGAAGAUGACUGGACGGGAAUGGAGAGUGAAGAAGAAGAAGAAAAGAAAGAUGAUGAGGAAAUGGAGGUUGACACUGGCAAGAAGUUACCAAAACGCUAUGCUAAUCAAGGGCAUGUAUGGAGGACUGUUUGGAGGAGAAACAGAAAAGUCGUGUGUCAUGGAGCCAAGGGAGCAUGUGUCAAGGAGGAGAAUAUGACUGGCAGCAUCACACCAGGAGUGGAGGAAGGAGGGGGAGAUGAGGGAAUAGACAUGCUCGGCUGCAGGGAGUUAAUGCUCUCAGAGUGGUUAAUUGACGUCCCUUCAGAUUUGGGGCAGGAAUGGAUUGUGGUCGUGUGCCCUGUUGGAAAAAGAGCCCUUAUCGUGGCUUCCCAGGGUUCUACCAGUGCCUACACCAAGAGCGGCUACUGUGUCAACAGGUUUUCUUCCCUUCUGCCAGGAGGCAACAGGCGAAACUCAACAACAGCGAAAGACUACACCAUUCUGGACUGCAUUUACAAUGAGGUGAACCAGACAUACUACGUUCUGGAUGUGAUGUGCUGGCGGGGACACCCGUUUUAUGACUGCCAGACUGAUUUCCGAUUCUACUGGAUGCAUUCAAAGUUACCAGAGGAAGAAGGACUGGGAGAGAAAACCAAGCUCAAUCCAUUUAAAUUUGUGGGACUGAAGAACUUCCCUUGUACCCCUGAGAGCCUGUGUAAAGUGCUGUCUAUGGACUUCCCUUUUGAGGUGGAUGGGCUUCUCUUCUACCACAAGCAGGCCCACUACAGCCCCGGAAGCACUCCUCUGGUGGGCUGGCUGCGCCCCUACAUGGUGUCAGAUGUUCUUGGCGUAGCUGUGCCAACCGGCCCACUGACCACCAAGCCAGAAUACGCUGGCUACCAGCUCCAGCAGAUUAUUGAGCACAAGAAGAGCCAGAAGGAGGGCAUAAUGGGGAAGCUCACACCCAGGGCCUCUGAGAAUGGAUGCUAUGAGUUGGAGCACCUGUCUACCCCCAAGCUGAAGAGCCCUCCCCAGAGCCCCAACCACCCGGAGAGCCUCAUGGAGAACUAGGCAGGGCAGCCUCCUCUGGGAGGCACAGGAUGGUGGCUGGUCUCAGAGGAGGGCUGGGGAGGUGGCCGGUGACAAGAACAAAGUGCCUUCAUUUUAAGGCAGACCUUCCAAAGCCAUUCCAGCUGGAAAGAGCUUGUCUCCUAUCUGAAAUGCUGGCUUUAACAGUAGGGGAAGGUUCCCACAUUGGGUGGUCUUCGGAUUUGAGCAGCAACUCCUGUGAAAAUGUAUCACAGAUCCACAGUGUAAAUAUAUGUCAUUCUUAAGAA